GAAAUGGUGAUACCCAUCACCGAGUUGGACUCCUUAUGGGACUGGAACCAGAAUAUGGUAGAAUCAGUGGUUGUCAAACAAGACAAACUUGCCGAAGGUAAACCUGAGAAAUGGUUUCGUGCUUGUUCUAUUCUCAUAGCGCCUAAUCCGUAUGUCUUCCUGAACUGGUGGAAUAUCGACAUAUUUUGCUAUUUCUCACACAAUUUCAUUACAAUUCCUCCAUUAGGAUAUAUUAAUAUCGCUCAUCAACACGGUUGUUUGGUAUUGGGUACGUUCAUAACAGAAUGGAAAGGAGGAGCUAAGUUAUGUGACAGGAUCCUUGCAUCAGAGGAAACUGUAAAGAGAACGGUAGAUUGCCUCGUUUCUCUCGCCGUACACUACAAGUUUGACGGAUGGUUGAUCAACGUCGAAAAUAGAAUCCUGGCUAAACAUCUCGAUAACCUGAAAAUGUUCCUCCGGCUACUGACGGACAAUAUGCGUAAAGCAGUUCGGUUCUCCAGAGUAAUAUGGUAUGAUUCUGUUACUGUUACGGGUAUGCUGAAAUGGCAGAAUAUGCUGAAUGAAUCUAAUAGGGACUGGUACGAUUCUUGUGAUGGUAUUUAUCUCAACUACAACUGGAACGAUAUAAUGCUUCUGAAAAGUGCUGAGCUUGGUGCAAUCAACAGAAUUUUUGUUGGGGUUGACUGCUUCGCCAGAGGUUGCAUAGGAGGAUGGGAUUGCCAUAGAUCAUUCGCGAAAAUUAAUCUGAUGCGUAUGUCAGUAGCGUUAUUUGCUCCGGGAUGGAUCUGCGAACGCUUUCCUAAUGCUAAUCCUAUAGAACACGGAUUGAGGUUCGUAUGUCCUAAACGUUUAACUGUCUGA